AACACAACGAAGAUCGGGGAAUAGGCUCGCAUCGGUCGGCCGCCAUGGCAACCAACGUGAACGCGAUGUCCGAAUUGAUGCAGGAAGAGUUCGCAACACUGAUGUUCAAGUACUCGGCGUCCCCCAAAGACCAUGACCUGGCGAAGCUCGCCAAUGAGUUUGCUGCGAUACACAAGAUGAACAUCAAACCACUCAAGAAAACGAUCCAACAUAUCCUGGAGCUGCUCGGUCAUGCAAUUCAACUGAGUCAGACUGCGAGCGACUUCCUUGAGCAUCUCACGCAUGCAGGCGUGGAUUUGGCCCCCGCCAAGUUGUUUGCGUCCAAGUGGGAGAACUCUCGUUCCGAUUUCCUCCAACGAGUGCAUCAAGUGAUGCUUGCAUCCAACAGACUUAUCGACAUGACAUGGAAGGUUGGCGUCACGUCCGCAACGAACCUUGUACCGGAGCUCGGCACUGCUUACGUUCAACUUCGCAUUCAACUGGACGCGACCACGGAAACGAUUGAGAUGUCGGUCGAGAGCUUUUACCGAUUCCUGGCAAACAUGGAGGCGCUACAAGCCCACUUGCACUUCCUAAACGGAUAAUCCAUGCAGCGGUGUAUUUUUCGUGAAUCGCACUAUAUAUAGAAUAUCCGAUUUUGGAAUAUAUUUGCAUACUAGUACUAGUA